AUGAUGAUGUUUAGAUAUACUGGAUCAAUUGAUAUCAAAGAUAUGUACUUGGCUACAAAUUCACGAUCAGCUCCUAUUCAAGAUACUAUUGACAAUUUGAUUUUCAAAGAUGGUGGAGUGAGUGGAAGUGAUCUUCAUGUGAUUUUCAGAAGAUACUUGAAUACUGGAGAUAGUUCAAGAGACAAAAUUAUUAGAAACGAAACUAUGAGGUUCAGUUAUGCCUACUCUUUAUCUUCCAAUGAUUUCCAAUCAUAUCACGAUAAGACUGGAAAGUUCACGACCAAUUUGCUCUUGAUUGCUACAAAUUCAUCAAGUGGAGGCACCACAACAGGCACUACAAAUAAUCUCUAUAAUUUCCAUCUGAUUGUUACGGGAAUCAUGUUUGUGAUUGUACUUUCAUUGGGCAUUGUCUUUACAUUUAUUCCAGUUUUGGUUAAACCAAAUCUACUGACAGAUUUGAUUUUAUAUAGAAGAUUUUGCAAAGUUUCGACAAACAAAUACUUGGGAGGAAUGAUUAAUUCAUUGGCUGACUUGACCAUUGGAGAAGUUUUAAUCGUGUCAUCAUAUUGGCUCAUUCUAGCUGCUUGGGCAGUUUAUGGAGGUAUUUCGGCAAGCUCAUUCCCAGCUGGAAGAGCUUUUGCUUAUGUGAAUGUUUGGAAUUUUAGUUUGAUACUAUUCCCUUUGAGUAGAUAUUCAGUUUUACUUGCCCUGUUCGGUAUUUCAUUUGAGAGAGCUAUCAAAUUCCACAAAUGGUUGGGAAGAUCAACUCACUUCUUUGUUACUGUUCACUUCCUUGCCAUGUUGAUUGAAAAUGCAAUGAUCAAUAAUGCUGCCUAUUUGUGGUCAAUGUCAACAAUUAAUUAUCCUCUCUUGGGUUUUAUUUCUUGGAUUUUAUUGAGUAUUCUAGUGAUGGGAACUUUUGAGCCAAUUAGAAGAAAGUUGUGGGAACUUUUCUAUGGUUCACAUAUUAUUCUUGCUGUUCUAGUGAUUGGAUUAUCCAUUGCACACGGUAGAGGAUGGAUUACAUUACUCCCUUAUAUGGCUGCAAGUAUUCUCUUGUAUUUGAUUGAUUUGCUAUUCAGAUGGGUAUUUGGCUUUGGAAUUCCAACAAAGGUUGUUGGUAUUAGUUAUAAUGAGGAUUGUAGUGUAACAACCGUUACUUUCCAGAAGAGAUUUUUGACCUUCCUUAAUAUUGGAGGAAAACCUGGAAAGGGUUCAUUUAUUUUUGUUUAUUUGCCUUCAGUUUCUCCUUUCGAAUAUCAUCCAUUUACUGUGAGUAGUUACAAGGAAUUGGAUAAGAAGGGAACCUAUGAAUUUACAUGCCAUGUCAAGAAUCAUCAUGGUAAGGGUUAUGGAAACAAGUUGGCCAAUCUUGCCAAAUCCAAUCCAGAUGUUAGUCGUCUAUUUGCCAGAGUUGAGGGAGCAUUUGGAAAUCUCUCCAUUCCUAUUCAACAUUAUCAAACCGUCAUCUUAAUUAGUGGUGGUAUUGGUAUUACAUUUGUUCAUUCACUCCUCGAUGGUCUAGUUCAGAGAGGAGAAGACAAGUCAAAGAAGAUUCACUUGUGGUGGUCAUUCAGACAUCCCUCAAUGUUGGAUUUAUUCCCAACGAUUAAGAAUAAUUCAUCUAUCGAAAAGGAACUUUUCCUCACUGGAAAGGACACUGAGAUGGGUUCUCAUUCUCACAGUGACAUUAAAAUGUCAAGAAUGGACGUUAAACAAUUACUGGAAAAGGUGAAGAGUAAUACCAAUGAUUCCUAUGUUGGAGUAUUCGUCUGUGGACCAACUCAAUUAAUUUCCACUGUACAAAAUGCAAUUUUCGAUGUGAAUGGUGGAGGUACUAGAUUCCAUCUCCACAAGGAAGUAUUUGAAUUUUAA